AGAACAACAGUCGCACAAUGAGCAAUAGUGGCAGUUAUACAACUAAGACACAGAUCAUACCCAAUCCCAUAAACUUCACGAAAAUAACCACUUUUAUUGAUAAUGAAACCAGGGAGCCAGUAUCUGUUCCUUUCCCACCACCGAUAACUUAUCCGGGGACACCCAUUAUCACACCACUGAAUAGUUUUACAGAAUUAUCGAAUAAAUUCAUACAAUAUCUAUCAGAUAUCGGAAUAACACGACAUAAUUAUGUCGCGAUUGAACAUGACAGACACAAGCUAUACAACUGUCAGUUAACAUUUGAUAUAAAUCAUAAACAGGAAACAUUUAAAAUUUUUCUCAAAGUAGUAUAUCAAAUGAACCAAUACGAUGAAGAGGAUCAAAGAUUACCGGCUAACUUAUAUGUCAGUAACGAAGAGUUGAUUGAUUAUUUACGAGAUAAGAUUAUAUUAAACAGCAAGACUAUCCUGGCUGUGGAGCUGAAAAUUAAUAUGUUAUUAAAAUUAUGUUCAAUUAAAUGUUUUAUAAAUGGAUUGGAGUUGGAAUUAUGACAAUUUUAUUUAUUAUGUACAACUAUU